AUGAGCUGUGGAAAUGAUUUUGUGGAAACUCUGAAGAAAAUUGGAUAUCCAAAAGCUGAUGAGCUUAAUGGAGAAGAUUUUGACUGGAUGUUUGAGUCUUCGGAAGACAAACAGUUUCUGGAGUGGUUUUGUGGAAACAUAACUGAGCAGCAUGUGGUAUCUGAAAAAGAACUGCAAGAUUUUGAUGAUCUCCUGGAGCAUGGUAAACCCAUUUUGGAAGGGAAUGCACUGUAUGAAGUCCUUAAAAACCUGAAGCCUGUGGAUUCUAAGAGUAGUAGCCAAGAAGAGGAGGAGGAGGAACUGAAGAAAUUAGAGGAUGAGCUUCAAACUCUUGAGCAAUUAAAAAAACUUCAGAUUCAUCGGCAUAACAAGCUUCAACUGCUGGUUACUGUCAACAGCAACUUGCUACAGACACUACAAAGCAAAGAUGAGGAAGCACACAAAUAUUUGAAGGAAGGACUGGAAGUGUUCACUGCAGGAAAUAACAAACUUUGCCGUGAACUGCAGUCUCUUAUAGAUGGAGUGAAGAAAUUUGCCUCUUUCUUCGCUGCUUCAGAUGCAGAACAAGGGUCAGAUCGACAUCCAUUGUUUUUUUGCCAGCUUCCUUUGGACAAGUAUUUGUCUCUGGAAGAUCAAAGCACUGCAGCACUUGCCUCACACAUGAAAAGUCAUUUUUCUCAAGGUAUGUCUGACUGGGCUGGAAAUUCACACAAAGAAAGCUUUCAGCUCGAAGAUAUAGGCAAGCAAGUCACAGGUGAUGAGACUAAAGAAGUUUGGGAAGUGAGUUCAGAGGUUGCCAGGCUCCAGUCAGCUUAUAUUUGCGCUCAGCAUCAGCUCAUUCAGAUGCAAGCUGAGGAGGAGAGUCUGAAAUCAGCUAUCAAGUGUGCGCAGAGCAUGCUGCAGUCCUCAAACAAGGAUAUUGGACGACAAGAAAACCUCCAGGCCAAAAUACAUAGUUUAAAUGAUGAAAUUGCAACAAUUAAACAAGAUAUAGCUCGGAUAAACAAUGAAGAGCUGCUUCCCCUUCUGAGAGAGAAGGCACAACUUCUAACCCUGCCAGUGCUGAAAGCACACUUGGAUCAUCAGAUUGCUCAGCAGGACUCCUAUGCUUCAAGACAAGAAGAAAUAUGUAGACACUUGAUAAGGCAGAAAGCUUCGUUUGAACUUAUCGAGCUGGGCUGUGAAAUGGAGAGGAAGAAACACCAGGACAUCAGCUGUCAGCUUGAGAAUUUGGUGGGAUCUCUGAAGCAGAGCACUGAUCAGUUGCAGCAGAGACUACAGCUGAUAACUGAACGAAUUCAACGUGCAAAGCCAAGGAACACUAUUAGUUCAGAGGAUGGUAUGUGUUACAGGCUCUAUCAGCUCCUGGAAGGAGGAUGUACAAAACAGUUGUUUAAAACCUACAAAGACCUGGAGCAGAUGGCUCAGAAGUUAAAGCAGAACUGUGAUGCACUAGAAGAUAAGCGAGCAGCAUCUUCUCAAGAGCAGUCUCUCCUUUUGUCCAAGCUACAAAGUGAUGUAGAUACCCUUCAUGAUGCUCUGUACUGUGGAGGAAAUCAGCUACAACUCCGGAGUCAG